AUGGCUCGUAUUUCUGGUCUUGAUCCAGCCGGUCCGUUUUUCGAAGGCAAAACUGCUCCCGUACGCCUCGAUCAAAGUGAUGCGAAAUUUAUAGAUGUUAUUCAUUCGAAUACAGAAAUUGCUUUGGGUGUCGGCCUCGGAUCGGAUGAUCCAUCCGGUCAUGUAGAUUUCUAUGUCAAUGGUGGCAAACAGCAACCAGGCUGUCCUUCAGUUGGAACACUCAUCGGUGGGUUAUUUUCGGGCCAGAGCGAAAGCGGUUUUGAACAAACAUCAUGUUCCCACAGUGUACCCAAAGUACUUCGAGUAGCAGCAACGGUACCUAAUUUACCUGAUAAUGAUAAAAAAUCAUAUCCAAUAACAGAACAAACUAAAAUGCAUAUUUCUUGUGUACUUAGCGUUGUCUAUCAUGAUUUAUGUUCAGAUAAAGAACGAGAAGACUUUAACAAUGAAUGUACAGAAUUUAUUAGAGCUUUACGGGAAAAAGAUGAUAUCCAAUCACGCGUACGAACAAUAUCUGUCUUGUCUGUUCUUUUACAAGGUCCUUUUGAUACUGGUAAUGCAAUCUUAGGUAGUCAAAAUUUAGUAGAUUUAAUGUUACAAAUGACUGGUUCGAAUGAUCCAAUACAAGAACGUAUUGCAGUUGAAGCUAUUGUUUUAUCAGCAUCGAAAAAAGAUAAAGCAGCAGGUAUUAUACAACAAGGUGCUGAUAAUCUUAAAAAUCUCUAUCGAUCAACAAAUGAAGAUAUUAAAGUGCUUGCUCUUGUGGGUUUAUCAAAAAUUGCAUCAAGUAAAGGUACAGAUACAAGUACAAGUCUUGUCGCCGAAGGUUCAUGUCAAACACUUAGUCGUUCAUGUUGCAAAUUUUUAACAACAAGUCAAAGUUUUGAUAUUCGUCGUUGGUCAGCUGAUGGUCUAGCUUAUUUAUCUUUAGACGCUGAUGUUAAAGAAGAACUUGUUGAUAAUCUAUCAGCAUUGAAAGCUCUUUUUACUUUAUGUCAAUGUCAAGAUGCACAUGUUUUGUAUUCGAUAACAACAAUAUUUGUUAAUUUAACUAAUACAUAUGAUAUAAGAAAACCAGAUAAAGAAAUGACUGAAUUAGCUGCUUAUGCUAAACAACAUAUACCAAAAGAACAUCCAAAAGAUGAAAAAGCAUUUUUUGAUGAACGUCGUCGAAAAUUAGUCGAAGCUGGAAUUAUUCCUGUUUUAGUACAAUUAUGUAAACAUAAAAGUGAAAAUUGUCGUGAACAAAUAGCUCGAGUAUUUCUUGGUCUUUGUGAAAAUGAAAAAUAUCGUGGACCUAUUGUUGCUGGUGGUGGAGCUAAAGUAUGUCAAAGUUUUUCUAGAACAAAACAAUUCUUAUGUAAAUAA